CGCGCUGCGGGCAGCCCCGGCUCGGGGUCCUUCCUCUGGGCCGGCGCGGCUCGGGGUCCUUCCCCUGGACGGUCGCAGGCGGCCCCGGCGGAGGAUGCUGAGGCUGGGAGCGGGGCGGGGCUGCGGCCUCCUGCUGCGGGGGCUCGGCGGGGAGCAGCUGGGGGCGCAGAGCCGGGGGCUGGGCCUCUCGCUCAGCCGGGGCACUGUGGUGGUGGAGCGCUGGUGGAAGGUCCCGCUGAGCAAAGAAGGGCACCCCCCUCGCCUGCACCCCAGGAGGCACCGCAUCUACAGGCUGGUGGAAGACAGCAAGAACCAGCCCAAGGGGGAGCUGGAGCUGAUCCUCACUCAGUCUGUGGACAACUUGGGAAGCCGGGGUGAUAUUGUCUCAGUGAAGAAAUCUCUGGCUCGUAACAAGCUCCUCCUUGAGGGGCUUGCAGUUUAUGCCUCUCCGGAGAACAAAAAAAUGUUUGAGGAGGAAAUGAAGCUGCGUGAUGAAGGGAAGCUGGAGAGACUUCAAACCCAGAGUGGUGAAAAGACCGUCCAGUUCCUGAGGAGCUGCCAUCUGGAGGUGGGGAUGAAGAACAAUGUGAAAUGGGAGCUGAACAACGAAAUCGUCGCUCGCCACUUUCUGAAAAACCUUAAUGUCUUUGUGACGCCACAUGCGGUGAAGCUGCCUGAUGAGCCCAUCACGAGAUGGGGUGAAUACUGGUGUGAAGUGACGGUGAAUGGCUUGGACACCGUCAGGGUGCCGAUGUCUGUGGUGAACUUCAUGAGGCCAAAGACCAAGCGCUACAAAUGCUGGCUGGCCCAGCAAGCGGCAUCGAAGGAGUAAAGGCCCCUCCACGCUGUCCUGGGGAGUUCUCCUCGGAGGGUUGGACUCUUGGGGGAAUCCCCCUACUGCGGUGCCUGGACCCUUCACCCUACCAGCUGAGAAGGGCAGCCAGGCCUCAGCUGGCCUCUCUCUCCUGGGAGCAGUUAGCUAACUCCUUGUAAACUCUGUGUCAGUGUUUGGGGGAGGUUCUCACUGCAACCACGAAGGGACCCCUCCAUCUCUCCCAGAUGGGGCUCUCUGCACAGGACCAGGAAAGCACCCACCAUGCUGUAUGUUGCUCCUAGUCAAAGCAGGACACCAGAACACUCACAGUUACUAAUAAAAGGCUCCCAUGUCCAAGCCA